AUGGCUGCUCAAACUCUAUCCGAAAUCGAGUUUUAUCAAUGGAUGAAUGAAUCACUUGUGAGACUCGAAUCUCAGUUGCAAACCGUUUGUAACGAGUUCCGAUCAGUUAGAACCGCGUGGGAAGCCCGAUCUCCUACACUUCCACCACCCGUUUCCGCCACCGCACCAAGUGUCCCGUCACCCGCUUCCACCGCAACACCACCACCUGCCUCACUAUCACCACGACCAAGCCUAAAUAUCACACCACCAUUGACUUCAGCCUUUGCUGUUAUACCAUCAUCAGCCUCAAAACAAGUGUCGCCUACAUCAAAACCAGACCCGAAACGACCGCUAUCACCCACACCGUACACACCGAAACAAUCCUCACAAAAAGCACCAUCACUCGCACCGCCUAUACCAACAACUCAGCCUCUAAUAGGAUUACCGCCGAAUCAAAUAAGCACUCCUUCGAAGAUAGAUGAAGAACCUUACGAGUGGCGACCACUAUGGCAAGCCACCAAAACUCGUCCGUAUAGCGCCCGAAGAACCGAGUGGCGACCACCAUGGUACGUUAUUAUGACUCAUCCGAGCGCAAUCAAAAGAACUGAGUGGAAGCCGCCGUGGCGUAUCAGAAAGUUUCUUCGGAUUACAUCCUUGAGGACAAGGAUGUUUUGA